AACUGCAUCUGGGGGAGGAAGUUAAGUUCAAAGUUAUUCAUAGUUGAGAUGCGAUAAACAUUAACCUACAAUCUUUCGAGAGAGGAAUACAUUAAAAGAAUGAGAAGAUGAUGGCGGUGGUCGGCGAUUGGUGGAUGUAUACUUCCCUACAGACAUUCACCGUCUGCGAAUCUCCUUCUCUGAAACCUCACAUAUUGUCGUCUGCAAGUCCUGAGUCGACAUGCCAAGCACUUUGACCGGAACAUCCGUGUAUGUGCGUGUGAGAAUAUAGGCUGUGAGCUUCACGUUAAAUGUUGUCGUCAAAAACAGCUGGAUGCUACUCGGCUAGCCAGCUUUAGCAGAGAGCAGCCUCUGCGGAGCGGGCAGAGCGUCAGAUCAUAUCCGCGCUGCGGGACUAGAAGGAUGGGUCACUGCAUGUGAUCAGUCAGGAUGAGGAGCCGCAGUAACUCAGGAGUGAGGCUGGAUGGCUAUGCCAGGCUGGUCCAGGAGACUAUCCUGUGCCAUCAGAACCCAGUGACAGGACUUCUGCCUGCCAGUGCCCAGAAGAAGGACGCCUGGGUGAGGGAUAAUGUAUACAGUGUCCUGGCUGUGUGGGCGCUGGGCAUGGCCUACCGCAAGAAUGCAGACCGCGAUGAGGACAAGGCCAAGGCUUACGAACUGGAGCAGAGUGUGGUGAAACUGAUGCAGGGGCUUCUACAGUGCAUGAUGAGACAGGUAGCCAAGGUGCAGAAGUUCAAACACACUCAAAGUACCAAGGAUUGCUUGCAUGCCAAAUAUGAUACUCCCACCUGUGCCACGGUGGUCGGGGACGACCAGUGGGGCCACCUCCAGGUGGAUGCCACCUCGAUUUACCUGCUGAUGCUGGCACAGAUGACAGCCUCAGGUCUUCGCAUAAUCUCAAACCUGGAUGAGGUAGCCUUUAUCCAGAACUUGGUCUUCUACAUAGAAGCUGCCUACAAAGUGGCGGAUUAUGGGAUGUGGGAGCGAGGGGACAAGACCAACCAGGGCAUCCCUGAGCUCAAUGGGAGCUCUGUAGGAAUGGCUAAGGCAGCUCUGGAGGCCAUAGAUGAGCUGGAUCUCUUUGGUGCCCAUGGAGGACCGAAGUCAGUCAUCCAUGUUUUGCCUGAUGAAGUGGAGCAUUGUCAGUCCAUCCUGUGCUCCAUGCUGCCGAGAGCUUCAACUUCAAAGGAGAUAGACGCUGGUCUUCUGUCUGUCAUUUCCUUCCCUGCUUUUGCUGUUGAGGACGCUGAUCUGGUGGCCAUCACUAAGUCAGAAAUCAUAAGCAAACUGCAGGGUCGUUUUGGCUGCUGCCGCUUCAUCAGGGAUGGAUAUCGUUGUCCCAAAGAGGACCCAUCGCGGUUGCACUACGAUCCUGCGGAACUAAAACUCUUCGAGAACAUUGAAUGUGAAUGGCCUGUGUUCUGGACAUAUCUCAUCCUGGAUGGUAUCUUUGCUGGAGAUCAAGUGCAGGUGCAGGAGUACCGUGAGGCACUGGAGGGCGUUUUGAUCAGAGGGAAGAAUGGCAUCAAACUGGUGCCUGAACUUUAUUCUGUACCACGUGACAAGGUGGAGGAGGAGUACAGCAAUCCUCACUCAGUGGACAGAGUGCCCAUGGGGCAGCUGCCACACAUGUGGGGACAGUCACUGUACAUCUUGGGCUGUCUUCUGGCUGAGGGGUUUUUAGCACCAGGAGAGAUAGAUCCUCUCAACAGGAGAUUCUCUACAAACUUCAAGCCAGAUGUUGUGGUACAAGUUUGUGUUCUAGCAGAGUCAGAGGAGAUCCAGGAGUUGCUAAGUGAUCAUGGGAUAACGGUCCAGACAAUGUCCGAUGUUCUGCCUAUCAGGGUCAUGCCUGCUCGCAUCCUGAGCCAUGUCUAUGUCAGACUGGGGAACUGCAAGAAACUGAAUUUGAGUGGGAGGCCCUACAGACACAUUGGAGUCCUGGGCACAUCCAAAUUCUACGAGAUUAGAAAUCGCUCCUAUAUAUUCACCCCCCAGUUUCUGGAUCAGCAUCAUUUCUACCUGGCACUGGACAACCAGAUGAUUGUGGAGAUGUUACGAACAGAGUUGGCCUAUCUGUCCUCUUGCUGGAGGAUGACAGGACGACCCACACUCACUUUCCCCAUCACCCGCAGCAUGCUGGUUGAAGAUGAAGAUGCGAUUGAUCCAUGUAUCCUAGCAACCCUCAGGAAAUUACAGGAUGGCUAUUUUGCUGGUGCGAGGGUGCAAAUGUCAGACCUCUCCAGUUUCCAAACCACUUCGUUCCACACCCGCCUCAGCUUCCUGGAUGAAGAGAACGAUGACAUCUUCCUUGAGGAUGAGGAAGAUGAUGACAGUGAUGACGAUGAAUAUGGAGAGGAAUAUAACAAAUGUGGUCCCUCAGAGGGCUCAAAAGACAUGUUUGACCAGUACAUCACGCAGCUCCUCCACAGCACCAACACCAAAAGCCAUCUUCCUCCCAUCCAGAGGGGGCAACACCAUGUCUUCAGUGCUGAACACACCACAAGAGACAUCUUGUCUCUCAUGGCCCAGGUCCAGGGCCUGAACAUGCCCAAGUCUUCCAUGUAUCUACCUGUGACUCCCGUCACAAACAAACACCGCAAAUCACUCAACCUUCUUGAAGUUCCUCAUUCUCAGCAUGGCCCACAUGCAAAGCAGCACAAGCCUCACAGUACUGCUGAUCUGCACCUGCCUCGAGACUCUCAGGGCAACACGGACUUUGCAGCUUUGGUGAGACAGCUUAAAGACUGUCCCACUCUGCAGGACCAGGCUGACAUCCUCUACAUCCUCUACGUAAUGAAAGGAGCUGAUUGGCUGGUGGAGUUGUCAGGUCCUGGGCAGGGUGGGGUCAGUGUGCGUUCUCUGUUAGAGGAGCUGUAUGUGCAAGCUGGAGCCUGCAAAGAGUGGGGACUCAUCAGAUACAUCUCUGGAAUACUACGCAAGAGGGUGGAGGUCCUUGCUGAGGCCUGCACAGAUCUUAUUUCCCACCAUAAGCAGCUGACUGUGGGUCUACCUCCUGAACCCAGGGAAAGAGUCAUCACAGUGCCACUUCCUCCUGAGGAGUUGAACACUCUCAUCUAUGAAGCCAGUGGUCAGGACAUCAGUAUAGCUGUACUCACUCAGGAAAUCAUGGUCUAUCUAGCCAUGUACGUACGCUCCCAGCCUGCUUUGUUUGGGGACAUGCUCCGACUCAGAAUAGGACUCAUCAUGCAAGUGAUGGCCACUGAGCUGGCUCGUAGCCUGCACUGUUCUGGGGAAGAAGCGUCUGAGAGUUUGAUGAGCCUGAGUCCGUUUGGCAUGAAGAGCCUCCUGCAUCAUAUCCUCAGUGGCAAAGAAUUUGGGGUGGAGAGGAGCAUGCGCCCAAUCCAGUCAACAGCCACUAGUCCUGCCAUCUCAAUCCAUGAACUAGGCCACACUGGUGCCACCAAGACUGAACGCACAGGGAUACACAAACUGAAGAGUGAGAUAAAACAGAUCUUCAGCGGUGGUCUUUCCUUGAGUAGCAAUGUCACUUCUCCUCGCUCCACGCGCUGCAGCAGCCCCUCCACACCCAGUGGGAUUCUGUCCCCAGUGGGUCCUGGUCCAGGAGAUGCACUCCACUGGGAGGAACGGCAAGGCCAGUGGCUGAGGAGACGCAGGCUGGAUGGAGCCAUUAACAGAGUACCAAUGGGUUUCUACCAGAAGGUCUGGAAGAUCCUGCAAAAGUGCCAUGGCCUGUCCAUCGAUGGAUACGUAUUGCCUUCUUCUACUACAAGAGAGAUGACAGCGGGCGAGAUCAAGUUUGCAGUACAGGUGGAGUCUGUCUUGAACCACGUCCCUCAACCAGAGUACCGGCAGCUCCUAGUGGAGACUGUGAUGGUUCUAGGCUUGGUAGCUGACGUGGAUGUGAACAACAUUGGUGGCAUUAUCCACGUGGACCGCAUCCUGCAUAUGGCCAAUGACCUCUUCUUCAGUGACCAGAAAUCCCACAGUGCAGGUGAUUAUUUCCUUGAGAAGGAUCCAGCGACCGGAAUCUGCAACUUUUUCUAUGAUAGCGCCCCCAGUGGCAGCUAUGGAACCAUGACCUAUCUGUCCAAGGCGGUGAUCACUUAUGUCCAGGAUUUCCUGCCAAGUUCCAGCUGCCUGAUGCAGUGAAGAAGCAGACAAGUGUGUCUUGAUGCUCCUGAUGGAUUCUAAACACCUAAAGGUACAUGUUGUAUAACUGAAGUGUCAACUGAUCAUUAUCAGCUCAUCCAGUUCAUGUGGUGCUUAUAAGUAUUUACUCAGUAAAUAAUCAAUAAACUUUGCAGCAACAUCAUAGUCUUGGCAGCUGAUUGCAAACCACUAUAUACAAAUUCUUUUUUUCUUUGUGGGUCUCAACAGUGAACUUAUUUAUUACUUAAACAUGCCGUUCAAAUGUUUACAGGACAAGAACAUGCAUCUUAUGUAAACGGAUAUUUGCAAAGAUAUAAACACAUUUCAGUGCUCUUGGUGUUGUCUGUGAGAAUAUUAUAUCAACAGUCAUAUGCUCAGCAGUUAUCAGAGUAAAGUUAUUUCCCACAAAUCAAUAAUUUGUAGUUCUAUUUUCUGCCUCUCUUACCUUAUAGUUUAAUCUUUAUUUAGUAAUGUAAUUUAUUAUUCUGUUACAAUGGUUGAACUAAAUAUGUGGGCAAAAUAAAAUAUAAAUCAUAAAAACAAUUUGUGCCCUUAAAUUGCUCAUUUGUGCAAAGGAAUUGACUGAAACUUUACCUCUGAUAACUUCUGGGCUCUUUAUAAUUCAUUUCUGGUGAUACUGAAAUGUAUGUGUUGUCUUGUAUUGAUAUUAACCUGUAUGUGAUCAAGAAUCAUAGUUUUGUCUUUGUGUAUGUGUUGUCUGUUUGUGCAAUGAUGAAAAUUAAUCUGUAUUUGUAUGAAUGUCACCUCAAGGUUAGGCAACAGAAAUGGCGAGUCAGCAUUUUGCAUGGACCUCAACAUACUGAGGCUUUGUUCAUCUGUGUACAGUGAGGAAUGGUAUUGGUAAAGUAGCAGAAAGGUCCAGAGUAUGUUGAAUAAGGUCUUUGUAAGUCUGAAAAGAGUGUUUUCCCCUUUAAAUGUUAAACAACUUUUCAUCCCUGUGCUUUGAUGUUGAAAGCAAAACUGCAGGAAACAUAGUAAAAUACUGAUAUAUUUUAAUGCUCACUCUAACAUUGAAAUAUUUGCAUUUACAUAAAACUAGUAACAGAAAUAUACAUAUUUAAAAACAAUUAGAAUUAUUUUACUAUGAUAAUACAUUGUACAGAUUGUCUAUUUAACAUUGAAAGACCUGUUAAUUUAUGCAGUUGCUCCAUUUCCAUCAGAAAGGUAUGUUUAUUAUAACAUUUUCAAAGUAUGUUCUUACACUAAUAAAGCCAUUUGACCAGU